CAUGACGUAUUUUGAAUAAGCGAUAAGUUCACAAGUAUUUAGCAUCAGGAAAAUCAAAUGUAAGCUUAGUUCGCUAUUUUAUACAAAUAAGUACGUCUUGAAAUAAAAUAUUAACAAAAAAAAAAAAAAAUAAAAAAACUGUGAAGUUACAAGAUGGCUAAAUUUUCAAUAAUUUUGUUGAUUUUAUAUUUGGCAACAUCCAUUUUAGCUGCCUCAAAUGACUUGACACCUGCAUCUUUAACAUCGUCAAACUUAAAUACAUCAACUUCAGUAUCAAGGCCUUCUCUUAGAGAAAUUAUAAAAUCAACUUUACGUACUUUAGUCAAUGGUCUUGUAUCUGGAUUUAAAGUUUUACUAACUCCGGUAAAAAAAGUUCUUGAAUUGAUAUUAAACAUCAUAGAAAAAUUAAUCGAUAUUGUAAUGCGGUCAAUAGCUGCGUGUUUAAAAACUUUUUUCAACACACUGGGCUUACCGAAUGUGGCUACAACGUUAAUUACUUUAUCAACCGAAAUACAAGAUGCUAUCAAUAAUCUAUUGCAAUCAAUUAAAAGUAUUUUAUCGACAGUGUUAUAGCAAUAUUUAGACACAAUCAAUUAAUCUACAUUGAAGUGGCAAAGAACGAGUUAUUUUAAACUUGUGAGAAAACUUCUCAUUACCAGGAGAAAUAUAUCAUUCAGUGGUUUCGCAACAAUUAGUACCGCAUUACCGUUUACAAAUAACAAUCAAGACAGGUCUUCUACCAUUUAUAUAGCUCUACUAAUUAUAAUUGAGCCUAUUAUUUGAAUCCUUCUUACUAAUUCAUACUUAAUUACAUUAUUUUAUGUAAAAUAAAAAAAAAAUUUAUUUUAACGAAGCUUCAAAGGCAAAACUUUGAAUGUCUUCUUAAGGUCUGCAGUCCAAUUUUUUUUUUGAUAAAAUGUAAACAAAAAAAACUUCUGAAGAUUAAUUAAUAAUUGAUCGAU